AUGCGCCCAUCACUCUCUCUUAGCCUUUUGCUUCUCGCUGGCCUGGUGUCAGCUAACAAGUACAACCUUGUCAAGGACUACUCGGGCAACAACUUCUACGAUCAGUUCGACUUCUUCACUGGCGCCGAUCCCACCCAGGGCUUUGUCAACUACGUGUCGCACGACCAGGCUGUCGAGUACGGUCUCAUCUGGAACAAGAGCGUUCCCACCUGGGGCGUCGAUUCCUUCACCCACCUCAAUGCCGAUGGCUCCAGUGGUGGUCGCACUUCCGUGCGCAUGACCAGCAAGGACACCUUCACUCACGGUCUCUUCAUCGCCGACAUUCAGCACAUGCCUCAGAGCUCUUGCGGCGUCUGGCCCGCCUUCUGGACCUUUGGUCAGACUGGCAACUGGCCUCAGUCUGGCGAGAUUGACAUUAUCGAAUUCGCCAACCUCGCCAAUCAGAACAAGGUCUCUGGUCACACCAUGCCUGGCUGUUCCAUCUCUGGCACUUCGCAGAGUGGCAGAAUCCAAGGCACUGAUUGCUCGUCCGCAGGCGACGGCGCUGGCUGUGCAUUCCUCUCUCCUUCAAGCACAACCGCUGGCUCCGGUUUCAACAGCAUUGGCGGUGGCGUCUACGCCAUGGAAUGGACUUCUCAGCACAUCAACGUCUGGUUCUUCCCCCGCAACAACAUUCCCUCAUCCAUCCAGUCCGGCAAGCCCGAUGUCACCAAGUUCGGCCAACCCAUGGCCAACUUCCGUGGCUGCGACCUUGACAACUACUUCUACAACCACGCCAUUGUCUUCGACACCACCUUCUGCGGCACCUGGGCUGGCGAGACCUUCAGCAACGAUGGUUGCUCUGCUUCGUCGUGUGUUGAGUUUGUCGCUGGCAACCCUUCUGCAUUCAAGGAUGCGUAUUGGUCUGUCAACUCGCUCAAGGUGUACCAGCAGAGUGGUUCUUCCAAGGCUAAGCGCGACUUCCUCCGUCGCCACGCCAGACAGACCCACCGCAACCACGUCCUGGUUUGA